CGCCGCAUACGGCAUACUCACGCUUGCACUUCAGGUUCAGUCACCAUAUUGGCGGUGACAAUGGACGACCUGCUCUCCCCGUGCUCGUCCUUCUCCCCGCCGUCGCCGCCGUCCUUCUUCUCCCACGCCGUCCACCCAGUCAUCGAGUUCGCCUCCUGUGAGGUCCCCGAGCAAUGGCUACUCGACGACCUCGUCGUCGCCAAGAACGAGGGCUAUGACGACGUGGACGACCUAUGGCCCGUGCGGAGCUCGCUCUCCCCGGACUCCGAGGUCUCCGAGCAGCCGCUUCCUCCCCAGCCGCCGCCGCCGUCACAGCAGGAGCUGACGAGCGUCAGGGCGGCCCCGGCGCAGCAGCAGCAGCGCCUCGGGAAGCGGCGUGGGCGGAAACCAGGGCCCCGCCCGGACGGCCCCGCCGUCAGCCACGUGGAGUCCGAGCGGCAGCGGCGGGAGAAGCUGAACCGGCGGUUCUGCGACCUCCGCGCUGCCGUGCCCACCGUGUCGCGCAUGGACAAGGCGUCCCUGCUCGCGGACGCCGCCUCCUACAUCGCGGAGCUCCGCGGCCGCGUCGCGCGGCUCGAGGCCGACUCCAGGCGUGCCGCCGCGUCGAGGUGGGACCCUGCCGUAGCGGCGGCGGCCUCCGCCAGCACCGCCACUAUAGGGCUGGCGGGAGCCGGCGGCGGCGCCGACGAGGCGGUGGAGGUGCGGAUGCUGGGGCCGGACGCGGCCGCGGUACGCGCGACGAGCGCGGGCCCCCACGCGCCCGCGCGGCUGAUGGGCGCGCUCCGGUCUCUGGAGCUCCACGUGCAGCACGCCUGCGUGACCCGCGUGAACGGCGUGACCGUUCUGGACGUCGUGGUCGACGUGGCGACUCCGCUGCAGGACGACGACGGCGGACUCCGCGCCACGCUGCUCCAGAUGAUGCAGGACAGCUAGCGCGGCUGCCUAGCUAGCUAGCUAGUGCUAUCCAGAUCGUAGAGCUAGCUAGCUCACCGAUCUCAACCGGCCCGUCGUCGUCUAUAUCGAUCUCUCUCCGUACGCAACGUAACAUCACUCGCGUCACGUACAAGCCGGCACGACGAUGGUCAGGUCAGGGUAAGUAGACGCUAAUGUUGAUUUAGAGGGCGAUGAAACGACGAUGGACGACGAAGGUCGUGACUAAUUAAUAAUCCAUGUGUGCUCUGGAAUCUGGAGGUCGUGACCCACUGGAUAAUGACUCUACUGCAUGAGACACUUCCCAUUCCUACUUCCAUUGGUUUUACAGCCUGUUCACUGCGACUUAAAUCCAUGAACUUCUGUUUUUUCUACAGUAUUUUGUCUCUAUGGAUUGCAGGUACAUAACCUCUCUUAGUACCCUGCCCCCCUGUUUUCUGUUGGCCAUUAUGCUGAUCAUCAAUAUAACCUGUUGAGGAUGUACUA